AUGCCACCCCAAAACGUUGGCAUCAAAGCCAUUGAACUCUACUUUCCUAGCCGAUAUGUGGCACAGACGGACUUGGAGAGUUUCCUCCAGGCCAGUACGGGAAAGUAUACCAUCGGAUUGGGACAGACAAAUAUGAGCUUUUGUGACGACCGGGAAGGUGAGAACACAUUUUCAACUAUGCUGCAAACAUAUCUAUAUCUACAGAGGCACGGCAUUUCUUCUAGGACAACGAGAGCUGACGACGCCCAACUAGAUGUGUACUCUCUCGCCCUCACAGCCGUCUCCUCGCUCCUUCGCAAAUAUAACAUUGAGCCCGAGUCCAUUGGCCGACUGGAAGUAGGCACCGAGUCCAUGCUCGACAAAGCCAAGUCCUGCAAGUCCGUGUUGAUGCAACUCUUCGGCUUAAACACCGACAUCGAAGGCAUAGACACAUACAACGCGUGCUACGGCGGCACGAGCGCUCUCCUCAAUGCCGUACACUGGAUCGAGUCCUCCGCUUGGGACGGCCGGGAGGCAAUCGUCGUGGCCUCCGACAUCGCCAUGUACAAUCAGCCCUCAGCACGACCAACAGGCGGCGCCGGGUGUGUGGCUAUGUUGGUAGGUCCCGACGCCCCGCUGGUCCUGGAGCCGCUGCGUGCGUCGUACAUGCAGCACACCUAUGACUUCUACAAGGCGGACUUCAAGUCCGAGUAUCCGGUUGUGAAUGGGCACUAUUCGUCCAGAUGCUACCUACAGGCAUUGGAUGGGUGUUACCGACGGUACCGGCAGAAGCAGGCUGCGCGCGAACCGAACGACAUGUCUCACAAUUCCUCGAGCCACUGCGCAGGUACAGCUACAGGAACUCUACUUGACGAGUUUGAUUACUUUGUCUUCCAUGCACCGAACUGCAAGCUGGUUGCAAAGUCAUACGCGCGCUUGCUUUAUAACGACUUCCUCGCCGACCCGGGCCAUCCGCGGUUCGGGCUGGAUGUCGUCCCUCCUGCCAUGCGAGACCAGACCUACGAGGAGUCCUUAGAUGACAAGAUGCUAGAACGGCUGUUUAUGGGCUUAACGAAAGACAAGUUCGGCCAGCGAGUGAAGCAUAGUCUGACGGGGCCCACGAUGUGCGGAAACAUGUACACUGCUAGUGUGUAUUCUGGUCUGGUAAGCUUGAUCAGCAACGUUCCCGCUGAUGAGCUGGUUGGCAAGCGAGUCGGCGUGUUCAGCUUUGGCAGCGGACUUGCCAGUACGCUAUUCAGCCUUCACGUUGCCGGCGAUGUGAGUGCCAUCGCCUCGAAGGUUGAUCUGCAUGCUCGUUUGACAAGUCGGACUCGGGCUUCCGCAGAGUUCUAUGACGAGAUGUGUCAAGUCCGCGAGCAGGCAUACCAGCAAAAAAGCUACGCGCCUGUCGGAAAUGUCGAUGCUCUAGUGCCGGGCACGUACUACCUGGUCGGGAUUGAUGACAUGUUCCGCCGUUCAUAUGCUGUGAGAGAGUGA